AUGGUCGACUUCAGAACAGAAGUCAAAUACCUUGGAGUCAUCCUGGAUCAAAAACUGACAUGGAACUCCCACCUGAAAAAGGUGCAGUCCAAGGCUGCCCUAGCACUCCACACCUGCCGCAGACUCCUGGUUAGAAACUGGGGUCUUAGGCCAAAAAUGAUCCUCUGGUCAUACAUGGCCAUUGUUAGACCCAUGGUCACCUACGCAGCUGCGGUAUGGUGGCCAAAAACUGAACAGAGGGCGGCGCAACUACAGCUGCAAAAGAUUCAGAGGCUUGCAUACCUCAGUGUCACCGAGGCCAUGAGAACCUGCCCCACUGCAGCUUUAGAGGCCAUUCUGGACCUUCUACCUCUCCACCUACAAGUUCGUAAAGUUGCUGCCAGCUCGGCAAUUUGUCUGAGCCACGUUACACCUAUGCCAACUAGUCGGACUGGACAUAUGAGAAUACUUAUAACUGACGGCCUAUGCGACAUUGCUCAACUCCCCAUGGAUGCGAUGAAGACAAAAUUCAACUUCGUGCGCAACUACAAAACUGUCUAUACAGACAGAGAGACGUGGGCAAUGAGAGGGCCCCUCUUCAAAAGGGGUGCCUUACAGUGGUACACCGACGGCUCCAAAACAGCAAAGAGUGGAACAGGAGCCGGUAUCAGCGGUCCUAACUACCGUGCGUCGAUUUUCAACGCCCUCCAUCUUCCAGGCAGAAAUAUCGGCCAUCAACUCUUGCGCCAAGAUCAACCGAAACAAAGGUAUGAAAGGCGCAACAAUCGACAUACUAACAGACAACCGAGCUGCGGUCAAGGCUCUCACAGCCUACUGUGUGACUCUACACUAGUCUGUGAAUGUAUCACUAAACUCAAGCUCUUAGCCGAGGAUAAUCACGUUACACUCUGGUGGAUUUCGGGGCAUAAGGGCAUUAAAGGUAAUGAGGAAGCAGAUGAACUCGCGAAGAAAGGGGCACGCUCACUCCUGAUAGAACCGGAACCCUGGUGCGGGGUCAAUGCCAGCUACAUCAAAAAACACCUAACAAUCUGGGAGGACGAACUAAAGUUCUCAUACUGGAGCGACACUAGGGGACUGGCCCAGGCCAAAAAGUUCAUUACCUAUUCGCCACAGAGAACACGGGAUCUACUUUCCCUAGACAAGAGAGACUUAACCACUCUGGUAGGCCUUCUCUCUGGUCACUGUCAACUCAAAUAUUACCUCAAUACAAUUGGCAAAAUUGAGGAUGACGACUGCCGCUUCUGCAUGGAGACAACCGAGACGGCUGAGCACAUCAUGUGUAACUGCCUGGCUGUCGGCCAUCUCAGACAAGAAUUUAUGGGAGGGAUACUCAUCACCCCUGACCAAAUCAGGAAGUUAGAUCCCCGGCGGGUCGUAAGGUUUUUCAAAAGUCUUGACCUGGCGCAAUUUUAA